UACUUUGAGAUCACUUUAAGAAGAGGAGUGAUUGGUCUUCCGAAAACAACAAGAGAUAUUGUCAAAUGUCUUGGAUUACAUACUCGUUAUCAGGUUGUAUGGAGACUCGUUGGACCGCGAAGUGCAGGUCAGAUUCUCAAGGUCAAGGAGUUGGUUAAUGUAAGAUUGACC